AUGAAGAGCUCCAGCAUUUCUCUGCUCUUUCUCAUUCCGUCUAACUUUUUCCAUUCUUUUUAUUUACUCAUAUUUCUCUACCUCUGCCUACGUCCCUAUCACUCUCUCUAUAUAUAUUUUCUCCUUUUCUCUCUUUCUUUGCUUCUUUUUCUCUAUAUCCGCGACCAUGCAUUCCUCUAUUUCCCAUCUCUCUUUCUUUGCCGCUUCUUCUCCCUAUCCGCGUCCAUGCGUUCCCUCAUCCGCCCCCCUCUCCCUCUCUGUCUCUCUCUCUCUCUGUUUCGUUCCUUGCUUUUUUCUCUCUAUCCGCGUCCAUGCAUUCCCUCAUCCGCCCCCCUCCUCUCUCUGUUUCGUUCCUUGCUUUUUUCUCUCUAUCCGCGUCCAUGCGUUCCCUCAUCCGCCCCCUCCCUCUCUCUGUUUCGUUCCUUGCUUUUUUUCUCUCUAUCCGCGUCCAUGCGUUCCCUCAUCCGCCCCCUCCCUCUCUCUGUUUCGUUCCUUGCUUUUUUUCUCUCUAUCCGCGUCCAUGCGUUCCCUCAUCCGCCCCCCUCCCUCUCUCUGUUUCGUUCCUUGCUUUUUUUCUCUCUAUCCGCGUCCAUGCGUUCCCUCAUCCGCCCCCCUCCUCUCUCUCUGUUUCGUUCCUUGCUUUUUUCUCUAUCCCGCGUCCAUGCGUUCCCUCAUCCGCCCCCCCCCUCUCUCUGUUUCGUUCCUUGCUUUUUUCUCUCUAUCCGCGUCCAUGCGUUCCCUCAUCCGCCCCCUCCCUCUCUGUUUCGUUCCUUGCUUUUUUCUCUAUCCGCGUCCAUGCGUUCCCUCAUCCGCCCCCCUCCCUCUCUCUGUUUCGUUCCUUGCUUUUUCUCUCUAUCCGCGUCCAUGCGUUCCCCUCAUCCGCCCCUCCCUCUCUCUGUUUCGUUCCUUGCUUUUUUUCUCUAUCCGCGUCCAUGCGUUCCCUCAUCCGCCCCCUCCCUCUCUCUGUUUCGUUCCUUGCUUUUUUCUCUCUAUCCGCGUCCAUGCGUUCCCUCAUCCGCCCCUCCCUCUCUCUGUUUCGUUCCUUGCUUUUUUCUCUCUAUCCGCGUCCAUGCGUUCCCUCAUCCGCCCCCUCCCUCUCUCUGUUUCGUUCCUUGCUUUUUUUCUCUCUAUCCGCGUCCAUGCGUUCCCUCAUCCGCCCCCUCCCUCUCUCUGUUUCGUUCCUUGCUUUUUUCUCUAUCCGCGUCCAUGCGUUCCCUCAUCCGCCCCCUCCCUCUCUCUGUUUCGUUCCUUGCUUUUUUCUCUCUAUCCGCGUCCAUGCGUUCCCUCAUCCGCCCCCUCCCCUCUCUGUUUCGUUCCCUGCUUUUUUCUCUCUAUCCGCGUCCAUGCGUUCCCUCAUCCGCCCCCUCCCUCUCUCUGUUUCGUUCCUUGCUUUUUUCUCUCUAUCCGCGUCCAUGCGUUCCCUCAUCCGCCCCCUCCCUCUCUCUCUGUUUCGUUCCUUGCUUUUUUCUCUCUAUCCGCGUCCAGGCGUUCCCUCAUCCGCCCCUCCCUCUCUCUGUUUCGUUCCUUGCUUUUUUCUCUCUAUCCGCGUCCAUGCGUUCCCUCAUCCGCCCCCUCCCUCUCUCUGUUUCGUUCCUUGCUUUUUUCUCUCUAUCCGCGUCCAUGCGUUCCCUCAUCCGCCCCCCUCCCUCUCUCUGUUUCGUUCCUUGCUUUUUUCUCUCUAUCCGCGUCCAUGCGUUCCCUCAUCCGCCCCCUCCCUCUCUCUGUUUCGUUCCUUGCUUUUUUUCUCUCUAUCCGCGUCCAUGCGUUCCCUCAUCCGCCCCCCCCUCUCUGUUUCGUUCCUUGCUUUUUUUCUCUCUAUCCGCGUCCAUGCGUUCCCUCAUCCGCCCCCUCCCUCUCUCUGUUUCGUUCCUUGCUUUUUUCUCUCUAUCCGCGUCCAUGCGUUCCCUCAUCCGCCCCCCCUCCUCUCUCUGUUUCGUUCCUUGCUUUUUUCUCUCUAUCCGCGUCCAUGCGUUCCCUCAUCCGCCCCCCUCCCUCUCUCUGUUUCGUUCCUUGCUUUUUUUCUCUCUAUCCGCGUCCAUGCGUUCCCUCAUCCGGCCUCUCAUUCUUCCUCUCGCUUUGUUUCUUUCUUUGCUUCUUUUUUUGUGUAUGUGUCCAUGCGUACCCCGAUCCCAUCUCUGUCUCUUUUUCUCUAUAUCCGUCUCUGUGCAUUUUCUACCUCCUCUCUCUCAUGAUUUUCUCUUUUUUUUUUCUAUACCCUGUUCCAUGCGUUUCUCUCAUCCCUCUCUUUCUCUCUCUCUCUUUCUCUCUCUCUCUUUCUCUCUCUCUCUUUCUCUCUCUCUUUCUCUCUCUCUCUCUCUCUCACCCAGCCUCUUUCUCUCUCUGAACUUAUUUGUAGUCAUCACUUUCGUAGAAAAACGUUUUCUGUUUUCACCUUUUCUCUCUCCUUGUUUUCCUCUUUCUCUUCUCCUUUUUAACUUGUCACUCUCCCUUUUAAUAUUUCCUCCUUUUGAUUUUAUAUCGAAGUAUGAGUUAGACAGUCGGCGAAAUAUUCCGGGUGUUUUACGAGUAAAAGGUUCAAGCGACCCCCAGGUGGCCUACAAAAUAUCAAGGCGAGCUAAAUUACGUAUUCCCACGAGGGCUUUGUUUCGGCGUGGCCUUCCUGAGCAGUUUUCAUUUGUUAGCACCAUUAUGAUGUCGGGAACAACACGUAAAGCAAUUUGGAAUCUAAUAAAAAUCGUCAACCCAGCCGGAGAUCCACAAAUGGGCAUCCGACUAAAUGACAGCCUGGCAGAGUGUCAGUCGCGAUGUCUAUCUAUAUGUAUCGAUCUUAGACUGUUCAUGUCUGUCCACCUCUCUUAG